AGCUCAACAGGAAAAUCCUAAAUUUGUUAAAAUUUGUGUUAAGUUACUGGUGAGAUGACCCAGCAGCCGCGGGUGGUGGUGGUGGUGGUGGUGGUGGUGAUGGUGGUGAGGGGUGUGGUGCCUCUACCACCCCCCUCCUCCCUUCUACUGGAUACGUCGUUGUGCCCGGCGAGUGACUCGUUGACCGCGUGCCAGCUGAAGAAGGCAGAGUGUGGAGGCGUGCAGCAGCUGGUGACCCCAGCAGGUGGUGCAGCAGAGGUCAUCGCCAGCUGUGCCGCAGCUGCCAACGUCAGCCUCACCCCGCGGUUCUUCAAGGCCCUCGGUCGUGUGGAGGGCAGCCAAGACUCCCUGGUUGACCUGUUGUCUCCGGAUCCUGAGGUCACUACUGUGGUCCGUCUGUGUGUCCUCAACGCUACCAGCCUGCUGGAUGCGGAGACGCUGACUGUCAACCGGAGCGCCGUGGCCGCCGCCGUGAGGGAGGUCGUGUCCUCCCAGGCCCUGGGGGACGCCGUGGCCGCCGCCGUGGGGACGUGUCCAGAGCCCGUGGACUUCCACACUGAGGGCUUCAUGUCGUGCCUGGAGGCCGCGUGUAUCGUUAAUGCCCACAAGGCUCCGUUGGUCUCCCAGGCCCUCAGCGUCCUCGCCCCUGGCGCCAAGUUGUCGCCUCUGAACACACCACUGCCGCUCCCACUCCUCAGGCCUUGACCGCCUUAAUGACACUUGACAACCACAACAAAGUAGUGUCAAGUGGUCAUAGUGUCACCAUGACCACUUGACACUACCAUUAUUAUGGCCUUGACUGCUGGUUUGACAGUUUUUCCAUGUGAGAGUUGAAGACGUGACCUUCGUGUGGUGGUCUUGCCCUCCUGGUGGUCCCAUCACAGCAGGAGUCAGUCAACUGUCUAUGCACCAAACAAACUCAUUAUAGUAUCAACAACACUUUUUACCAAGGUACUCUAGUGCCAUUUGUAAUAUGCAAAAACUAUGAUAUGCUUUACGUUAAUAAAACCAUUGGUAUAUCUCAA